CUAGUGUACCGCCAUAUUUGUCUUUAUAACAAUUCGUAAACAAGUGUUUGUCCUCGUCACGUAAAUGUUUAGAAAGUACUAUAAAUAAAGCGGAUGGGUGGGUCCUCAUGGAAUCCAUCAGAUCUGUCAAGAUGAACAGGUCUGUCUAGACCUUUUGUCAGCUCUUUAAUAGAGCUUGUCUUCAGAAUUCCUUAAACAUUUGUUCCACCUGUACUAAAAGAACACAUUUAUGGCAACCAACACAGGCCAGAUGGGUUUCUUACCAAGCGGAGGGGCUAUUUUCUGCAUCAUUCCUGACAUCCUCUACCUUCCAGAGCUUAUCUUUGGCGGUCUGACGUUGUCACUGGUGGCAUCUACGUACCUCUUACCUUACAACCCUCAGGCGUACGUGAUUACAGUGACAAUAUUCUGCUUCCUCACUACUUUCCUGUGGAUGAUGGUGUUUUUCUGUGGAUCUCAUCAUAACAAAGGCUCCUGGGCAACCGCAGAUGUAGCAUACCAUGGAUUUGCCACAGUCCUCUAUCUCAGCGCAUCUGUGCUUUUAGCUUUAGUAACCAUUGGAUGGACUCAGUUAGAUAACAUGUUUUUCCUUUUUUACCAGCUGGACAUUGCUGCUGUGGUUUUUUCCUUCCUGACCACUUUACUUUAUCUCACCCACACCGUUUUCUCAGCCUUGCGAUGGAAGACCUACUAAAAAAGCUUCUUUAGUCAUUUUGCAAAACAUAUGACUGCUCACCUGGCCUUUAAAGCAUGAUGUUUGCAAAAAGUAAACUGAAAAAUGCAUUUAGUCUAUCAGAAGUUAUUCAUGUGGCAAUAGUGUAUAUUACUGUUCAGGCUUUUCCUCUUCCUUUUGUAAAUUGUUCUUAUCUCAAGUAUCAUUUUUACAUUUAUGACUUAAAUAAUAAAGGAAAUAAUGAACUA